AUCAGUCUUAUUAAUGUUACUCGUGGUGUCGCCUCCUGUCUUAAAUUGAAAAAAAAAAAAAAUACAUACUGCUGAUUUACUGCCAUUACAUUCCAUUUAAGCUCUAACACAGUGUGGACACAUUAUUUUUCCCAAACUCAUCAGGGACAAACCUCGUCGACCGGCUUUAAUUGAUUUGUCAAAUUGAAUUGUGCCUCUUCCAUAACCAGACACAUUAAUGAUUAAUACAAAGGCGGUGGCACAGUGUGAUGCCGGGAUCCGCAGGCCGAUCCCUCAGAGGUUUGAUUGGCCAACCUCCUCAUUACUGCACCGACCGUGCAUGGAUUUCUCUUCUUCAUUCCUCAACGGCACACAUCCUUAUUCUGCAGUGCUUAAAAGGAAGUGGUGAGAGAGAGAGAGUGAGAGGGAGAGCGAGAGAGAGGGGAGUGGGAGGAGAUAGAGGAGGAGGGCGAGUCCUCAACGGGGGAGAGGGGUGUAGGUAGGAGAAGGAGUUGGCGGAGGAUGGAGAGAGACAAACCAGCAGCCCGAGCCCACCGUGUGGACAGAGAGAGGCAUCAGUUUGAAGUAUCAGUACCAGCAUCUCUUCAGAGCACCUUUGCCGGGAGUGUAUUUCCCCCGAUUUGAACCGAGUGCUGCAGCUUUGGGUUCUGUUCACCCUCCUCUUCCCCCCGCCCCAGCUUCAUCAUCAUCAGUCUGGAAGGUAGGUGCAUCUCAGUGCAUCUUUCUGAUUUGCAUGCUGAUUCUGCUGUUCAAAAGGGAACACACUCGGGAGACUCCCCGAUUUGGAUUUGUUUGCAGACCUUGCCUGUGUUUUUUUUUUUUUUUUUUUUGCCUUCCAAAAAUAACCAAAAAUCAAUGUUAUAUCUUUGUAGUUUUUGGAUAAAUAGCAUCUCUUUGAUUCGUCAACGCCGGUACCUCUCGUGACAAGUCAGUUCCAGGAUCCCCCAGUCUCAUUCACUUGAAUGCUGCUGUUCUGUUUAACCAUGAUACCAAAUUCUAUUUCUAUUUGUAUCAUCACAUCUGACAACGCACUCAGAGUUAAGCCAAAGUCCCAAGGUUCCUGAGUCAUGUCACAUCCCACCUGCCUUUUAUCAGCUCCUUUUUUCUCCCCGGCCUUGAUAAAGUCGCACAUGAAACACGGCUCCAUUUCUUCACCCACAUUAUAUCCACGUCAAGAAGAGAUGAGCUGCAGUAGCAGCAGGAAACCUUCGGGAUAAAAUUUUUUUUUCUUUUUUUUUUUCUAACUCUAAGCAUCAGUAAGAAACCUGUGAUAACCACAACCUUCGUCUUUAAACACUUUCACUUGACUCCCAGCUGAGGUUCUGAUUAUACCGAGUGACUUCCAGCAGAGUUCAUAUGUACAGUACAUAAAAUAAUUGAUGACUUUUUUGGCUUAACAACAGGUAACUGGGGGAUUUUUUUAUAGCUGACUAAACCAUAGUUCUGCUGCAGGAGAUUCUCGCUGCUGAAAUGAUUGCUUUGACUUCAUGUGGUUUCAAGCAAUUGUAUCUGGAAAGAAGCAAUAGUUUAGACCAGCGGAAACCCAAAACCUCGUUGAAAGAUUAUUACAUUUUCAAAACAAAACAUCUUUUAGACUUUCUUCUGUAAGUAUCAGAGUCUGAAUGACCUGUUUGAAUGAAAAAAGUAAAGGGAUAUGACUGGAUUUUUUUGAUUAAUUAAUAAAAACUGAAGUAAAAUUUUUCACUGCGGCCCAGUACUAAAUGACCUACGGACCGGCACCGGUCCCCCAACCAGGGUUUGGAGACCCCUGAUUUUUAACGACACAUAUUUGUGCAACCUUAUUUCAUGCUGCUCUUAUGCUUUGUGUUCCCAAGAAUCAUAAAAAAAAAAAAAAAAAUUCUAAGCCUUGCUAACCUGAUGCACAUAGCUCUUUGUUUGACUUCAUGUUUUAUUCCAGGGUCGGUGAGUUCACUACGACCACAUCAUGAAACCGCUGUUGAAUAUGGGGGUGAUAUUGUGACAAUAUUGAAGGAAUCCAAAGGUCGAAGGUGAUAAACAAGGGUUAUUUUUAGAUUUUUUUUUUCAAAACAAUAUCUGGAAACCAGGUCUCUAUGCUGCUGCACAGUGACCCCGUUGAAUUGCACUCAACCAAAUCUAUCUUUUUUUUAUCCAUCAGUCUCAUCAUUAUCUCUGCUGCUCUGUUACCCCUGUGAUGACAGUUUGCUCACGCCUGACGUCAAUGCGAAAAAACACAGAUUUACAAAACAGGAAACAGAUAAAAUCGCUGUUAAGUUACAUAAGAAGUGUGUGAUCGAUGCUGAAAACACGGUUGUUGUUCAGCCGAAGGGUCAAGGUUUAGUCAACGCGUUGUUGUUGUCAGACGUUGAAGAAGAAUGGCCUUGGUGCUUAGAGCUCAAGGAAACAGAAACAAACAUUUUUUUUUUAUCUGCCCAGUAGCCGGAAAAACCUGGAAGCACCGCAUCAAUUUCGAACCAUACGAAAUGAGGGGUUUGAAUUAGUUUUACGUUCACGGAUUUUAUAUAGCAGGGUCUCAAAUGAGUGUAAUCAACAUGAUAGCAGUGCAGGCUAACUGAGCAUCACUGCAAUGCUUCAACCCACCACCGUGCUGCUGCUGAUUCUUUUCCACACUUCCGGUUUCUCAAACCUAAACCUGUGUUUUCUCAGCUGCCGAUCAUCAAAAAAAUAUAUGUCGCUAAAAGUAUAUGUAAUAUAAUAUGAUGAUCUACUAGUUUCUAUUUGCUCACAGUUCACUUAAGCGACGCGAAAUCGCAACGUGUUUAGUUGAAGACGAUGUUCAUCAUGACUCAUCCACUGCGUCCAUUUAUCAAGUCAGAAACUGAAAAAUUGCUCAAUAUGAUGAGGCAUUGCUUUGAUUUCCUUUUGCCUAAAAGGAAGAAAAAAAAAACAAACAACAACAAACAAACAAGACUACAAGUAAUUGACCUGCUAUUCAUGACUUUUAAAAUAAUGGCACCGACAUUACAGGAAACGUACAAACACUGGAAUACUGCGAAUAAAAAAGUCGUCCCAUACAACAAUUUCACCAAGAGCCUUUGCAUCGACAGCGUUGUAGACGUUCUUGGGAUCACACGUACGCUUCUGAAAACAACGUCAAUAAGUAACUAAAGGUCACCGCACACCAGCCAAUUAGGGACAGCGUUCCAUUUCUUAACUUAUUAGUAUUUGAAACAUGACUCCACCGGACAUUAAUUAGAAGCAACAUGUCGACAUUAACUCCACAGGGUUUUAUUUUAAAGCUGUAAUUAAAAAUUCUUCCGCUUGGUCAUUAACAGCUUUCCUCUAAGUGAAUUCUAAUCCAAACAGGAAAUAAUUAAUUUUUUUAUUAAUGGAUUGAAGUGGAAAAAUAAUUCUUUUGAAUGGCCUUGACCUCCGUCGUAGGUUGAGAGCUGAAUUUCUGGCUAAAUCUAAGGUAUUUAAUAAUAAUUAUUAUUAUUAUUUGAACUUUCAGGUGUUACCGGUAGAUUUGCUGUAACAGGAUGCCCCCUAGAGGCACCAAGUGAUCCUCUGGGAAUCGAACCCGGGACUCUCUGCUCUCUACUUGCAAGGCAGGCAUGCCUAACGCUACAAUAUGGAAGCUUAGGUUAGGGGUUCCCAACCCCCGGUUCAGGGACCAGUGCCAGUUCAUAGAAAUCCAAAAUGGCCGACUUCGAGGACUUAAGCAGGUCUGUAGGUCAGAACAACGCGUCCGACAGCUACCAGCUGAACCCCACCAGCGUGAUCGUGUCGGUGGUCUUCUCGCUCAUCUUCCUGCUGGGAACCGUCGGCAACAGCCUGGUGCUGGCCGUGCUGUUGCGGAGCGGACAAGUGGGCUACAACACCACCAACCUCUUCAUACUCAACCUGAGCGUGGCCGACUUCUUCUUCAUUAUUUUCUGCGUCCCGUUCCAAGCGACCAUUUACUCCCUGGAGGGCUGGGUGUUCGGCUCCUUCAUGUGCAAAGUGGUGCACUUCUUCAUCAAUCUCACCAUGUACGCCAGCAGCUUCACACUGGCUGCCGUCUCCGUUGACAGAUAUCUGGCCAUCCGUUACCCACUCCGCUCCAGGGAGCUACGCACUCCGUGUAACGCAGUAGUGGCCAUGGUGGUCAUCUGGGGCCUCUCUCUGGUCUUCGCAGGUCCAUAUCUCAGCUACUACGACCUGGUCGACUACGCUAACAGCACUGUUUGCAUCCCGGGUUGGGAGGAGCAGAACCGCAAAGUUCUAGACACGUGUACCUUCCUGUUCGGCUAUGUCAUCCCCGUGCUCAUCGUGAGCCUGUCGUACACUCGGACCAUCAAGUACCUGUGGACGGCCGUCGACCCACUUGAUGGCAUUUCGGAAUCCAAGAGGGCCAAGCGCAAAGUCACCAAAAUGAUCAUCAUCGUGACAGUUCUCUUCUGUAUCUGCUGGCUGCCGUACCACGUGGUGAUCCUCUGCUACCUUUACGGAGAUUUUCCUUUCAAUCAGACCACGUACGCCUUCAGGCUCCUCUCCCACUGCAUGGCCUACGCCAACUCCUGCGUCAACCCCAUCGUCUACGCCCUCGUGUCCAAGCACUUUCGCAAGGGUUUUAAGAAGGUCUUCAGCUGCAUCUUGAGCAAAAACGGCAGGAACAAGGUUCACGUGGUCCAAGUGGCCAACACCGUGCCUGGAUUUGAGGCGGGCUCCACGGAGGUGUCGCAGAUGCACGAGGAGAACGCGCGACAGAACGAGUGCGAAAUGAUAAACAGGCCGAUCGCGGAGCCCCGGGAGGCGACGGUGACACUGAAUUUGCCCUUUCAGCGGCAGACUUGACGAGUGACUCAGCUUGGCCUCAGCGCUCAGCACAGAUUGCCUUUGCGAGACUCAGCAGCUUGUAAGUGUUUCAACUGAACGAGUAUUACAAAUCAGAUAUAA